AUGCCUCUCCCGGGAGUCCCCAGAGCCAUGACUGCAACUGUGCAGACGCUGCGGUUCAAGCUGCUGCCGCACGAGCCAGGCCAGGAGUGGGGGCACAGCUGCCAGCAGGAGAUCGAGCGUCGCUACCAGGUGGUGCCCUCAGUGGUGUGCGCCAUGUGCUGCCUCUUCGGCAUCAUCUACUGCUUCUUUGGCUACCGCUGCUUCAAGGCCGUCAUGUUCCUGACGGGGCUGAUGUUCGGCUCCAUCAUCAUCUUCAUGUUGUGCUACAAGGAGCGGGUGCUGGACACGCAGCUGAGUGUGGAGGCCUCGGUGGGCAUAGGGCUGGGCAUCGGGGUCCUGUGUGGGCUGGUCACCAUGCUGGUGCGCAGUGUCGGCCUCUUCAUGGUGGGACUGCUCCUGGGGCUGCUGCUGGCGGUGGCCACGCUGGUGGUGAUGGAGCAGUUCUACGUCACCGUCGACUACUUCAUCGAGCUCUUCCUCCUGGUGCAGUACAUCUACGAGCGCAUCAAGGUGGCCCCAGCUCGCCCCGUGUGCUGGUACAGCUGGGUCAUCCUGGGCGUCUGGCCACUACUCACCACGCUGGGCGUCCUGGUCCAGUGGAAGGUCACAGCCGAGGGCUACUCCCACACUGAAGUGAUCAUCAGCCGGCAGCAGCGUCGCGUGCAGCUGAUGCGCAUCAAGCAGCGGGAGGACCGAAAGGAGAAGAAGAAGAAGCGGAGACCCCACCACCCACACCAGCACAAAGCCCCCCCUCCCGAGCCCGCCUACCGUCGCAAGCCCAACCCUGUGCGCCGCUUCGAUGGGGACGUGCUCUCCCCCAGCUACAUCCAGAGUUUUCGAGAGCGGCAGACAGGGCCGUCCCUGAACAGCCUCAUCGCCAGCUCCCAUGCCGUGGUGGAUCUGGACUAUGACUGCAGCUCCACCGUGCCCCUCACCACGGGCUCCGGCCCCGCCGUGCGGGUAUAA